UCCGGUGGGGGUUCGCUCGUGCAGUUCACUAGUAGCAGCCGGCUGCGUUUAGUGCUGCGGGAAGAGUCGGCUACAGGCGGUUUGGAACAGGUAUGAGUGAUUUCAGUGAAGAAUUGAUAAGGUCCAAGACAGAGGAUGACCAGGAGGAAUCAUGUGUAUUGUCUGGUACAGGAAUGUAUUUUCCUUGGCUCCAAAAGCAUAUAGACACUGUGGAAACUGGAGGAAAAAAGGAGAAGGAUUUUGCUCAGACAACCAGUGCUUGUUUGAAUCGUAUCCAAGAAGCUUUGCUGAAGCACCAGUGGCCACAAGCUGCAGGGUACAUGCACAGUUACUUCCAGAUCCUGGAAGAUUCCGACAGCCACAAGAGGCAGGCUGCACCCGAGAUUAUUUGGAAGCUCGGAAGUGAAAUUCUAUUUUAUCAUCCCAAAAGCAACAUGGAGACUUUCAAUACCUUUGCUGACAGGAUGAAAAACAUGGGUGUCAUGAAUUACUUAAAGAUCUCCUUACAACAUGCAUUAUACCUUCUGCAUCAUGGAAUGCUUGAGGAUGCAAACAGAAAUCUCAGUCGUGCAGAGACAUGGAGAUACGGUGAAAAGUCAUCGUCCCAGGAAGUGUUAAUCAACCUUAUUCAGGCCUAUAAAGGGCUUUUGCAGUAUUAUACUUGGUCUAAAAAGAAGAUGGAAUUGUCUAAUCUUGAUGAAGAUGAUUAUGCUUACAACACAGCGUCCCAGACUAUGCUCAACCACAGUUGGAAGACAUCGGUAAACCUUGGUGCCUUGAUUCAAACUCCUGGAGUUUGGGACCCUUUUGUGAAGAGUUAUGUAGAGAUGCUGGAGUUCUAUGGGGAUCAAGAUGGAGCCCGAGAGGUACUCACCAAUUAUGCCUAUGAUGAAAAGUUCCCGUCAAAUCCAAAUGCUCACGUCUACUUAUACAACUUUCUAAAGAGGGAGAAGGCACCAAGAGAGAAACUGAUAAGUGUGCUGAAGAUUUUGUAUCAGAUUGUACCAUCUCAUAAACUCAUGUUAGAAUUCCAUAGAUUACUGAGAAAAUCAGAAAAAAAAGACCACCAUAAACUUGGGCUGGAAGUAUUAUUUGGAGUCUUAGAUUUUGCUGGAUGCACUAAAAAUAUAACUGCUUGGAAAUAUUUGGCAAAAUAUCUGAGACAGACUUUAAUGGGGAACCACCUUCCCUGGGUCCAAGAAGAGUGGAACUCCAGGAAAACCUGGUGGCCUAGCUUUCACUUCAGCUCCUUUUGGGCAAAAAGCGAUUGGAAAGAGGAUAAAGCUUUGGCUUGUGAGAAGGCUUUGGUAGCUGGAAUACUGUUAGGAAAAGGUUGUAGAUACUUUCGGUAUAUUUGCAAACAAGAUCAUCAAGUCUUAAGGAAAAAAAUAAGGCGGAUAAGGAAAUCUGUGAAAAAACACAGUAUUGUAAAUCCAGGACUCUGAUACUGAAUAUUAGUUAUUUAAGAUGAGUAGCUACAGAAUAGUAGCUCGGUAGGUGUUACUGAAUGUAUUUAAUUGGCGUAUCUAUGAUGUAGUUUAUAUUUUUAUAUUUUUCUAUAUUUUCUAUAUUUCUGUAUUUUCUUUUAUUGUAAUU